UGGGGGAAAGUAUGUCUCUUUCUCAGACGUGCAAAAAUUUUUGGUCAUUUCAGAUCCAAAUGGUGAUACGAUAACCGGUUUCGUCAGCGCGCAGGGACGAAGCUCAUCGGCUCUCUGGUAGAUCUGUGAGCCUACGUGAUUUUCCGAACACGAAUUUCUAGAUCAGGGCUGUUGUACCAGUCGCUACGGAGGUCAGGAAAAUGGAGACCGAGAAUGCAGAGGAGCUUGCAUCGUCGAUGGCUUCCACUUUUCUUCCCCUCGCCUCCGCCGCGCAGCAGCCAUAUGUGUCGGAGCUCCUUUCCUUCACGCUCGAUCGCCUAAACAAGGAACCGGAGCUUCUUCAGGUUGAUGCCGAGCGAAUUCGGAGGCAAAUACAAGAGGUGGCAGUCGGCAACUACCGAGCUUUCAUUGCUGCCGCCGAUGCGUUGCUUGCAAUUCGGGAGGAAGUAUCUUCCAUCGAUAAGCAUCUCGAAUCUUUGAUAUCUGAGAUUCCAAAUCUGACAUCGGGUUGCACAGAGUUUAUUGAAUCUGCGGAACAGAUUCUAGAGAAGAGGAAGAUGAACCAGAUAUUGUUAACACAUCACAGUACUCUGCUUGAUUUACUUGAAAUUCCUCAGCUUAUGGACACGUGUGUAAGAAAUGGAAAUUACGAUGAAGCUCUUGACUUGGAAGCAUUUGUUGCCAAACUUUCAACCAUGCACCCAAAAAUACCAGUUAUUCAAGCCCUGGUGGCAGAAGUCAGGCAGACUACACAAUCUCUUCUUUCUCAACUUCUCCAGAAACUUCGCUCAAAUAUUCAGUUACCUGAAUGCCUCCGCAUCAUUGGAUAUUUACGUCGAAUUGGAGUAUUUAGUGAAUAUGAAAUGCGUUUGCAGUUUUUAAGAUGUCGAGAGGCAUGGCUGACUGGAAUUCUUGAAGAUCUUGACCAGAGAAAUGCUUAUGAGUAUUUGAAAGGAAUGAUUAAUUGUCAUAGGACACAUCUUUUCGAUGUUGUUAACCAAUAUCGAGCAAUCUUUGCUGAUGAUACGUCAGGAAAUGAAGAAAAUUAUGACAGUGGGCUUCUGUUUAGUUGGUCCAUGCAUCAGAUUACUUCUCAUCUAAAGACACUCAAAAUAAUGCUGCCAAAGAUAACAGAAGGAGGAUCCCUAUCGAAUAUAUUAGAACAGUGCAUGUACUGUGCCAUGGGGCUUGGCUGGGUCGGAAUGGAUUUUCGCGGUUUGCUUCCUCCACUUUUUGAAGAGGCAGUUCUCAAUCUAUUUGCAAAAAAUAUGGGUACUGCAAUCGAUAACUUUCAGUUAGUUCUGGAUUCCCAUCGUUGGGUUCCAUUACCAGCAGUUGGUUUCACCGCAAGCAAUAUUGGUGAGGAAAGUCAGGAAGACGUGACUCCACCUUCGUAUUUGAUGGAACAUCCACCUCUUGCUGUUUUUGUAAAUGGUGUAUCAGCAGCCUUAAAUGAACUUCGCCAUUGUGCCCCGUUGAGUUUGAAGCAUGUGAUAGCUCAGGAAUUAAUAAAAGGAUUGCAGGCCGUUUCCGACUCUUUAUUGAGAUACAACACAACUCGCAUGCUAAAAGAUAAUGAGUCUGGACUUUUUCUCCAGCUUUGCCGAGCAUUUAUCGAGGUUGCUUAUCCACAUUGUGCCACAUGUUUCGGUCGCUGUUAUCCCGGCGGGGCAGUGCUUAUAUUAGACGCAAAAAAUUUGUACGAUGGCAUCGGUCGCCUAUUAACCAUCUCUUCCUCAAGAGACCUCCCGGCAACAGUCAAUAAUGCGGAAGAGCAAGUUGCAGAAAAUGGUGACAUGCCUGCGCUGGAAAAUGGAGCAACACCGGAUGCUGAUAAGGACCAGAAAAGCCCCCCUUUGCACAGCAAUGAAAAACAAAGCGAGGGUGAAGAAGCAGAACAGAGCAAUUAAAUCCAAUAACCGAUACUUGAUUUUGUAGCCUUCCAUUAAUUUUUUGGGGUCUAAUUCUUUUAAACCAUCGUUUGUAAUUAUUCUCUAGGAAGAUUCAUCAAAUUUUCAGCUAAAGUUACGGUUAUUACAUUCAGUGUAUGAUAGAGGAAACAUGGAGAGUUCAAUGAAAAUAUUUUAGUUCCAAAAGAGAAAA